CAACGCCCCUCCCGGAACCUGCUGUCACGGCCGCCGUGCGCCGCUCUCGAUCGAGUCGCCGCCGUCAUGGCCAGCCAGUCGCAGGGCAUCCAGCAGCUGCUGCAGGCCGAGAAGCGCGCCGCCGAGAAGGUGGCCGAGGCUCGCAAGCGGAAGAAUCGGCGACUAAAGCAGGCGAAAGAAGAAGCUCAGGCUGAGAUUGAACAGUAUCGCCUGCAGAGGGAGAAAGACUUUAAAGCAAAAGAAGCCGCGGCGCUCGGCUCCCAUGGCAUUUCUACCACUGAGGUGGAACAGGGAACCCAGGAGAAGAUGGCCAUUCUUCAGGAUAACUUCCAGAAGAACCGGGAGGAAGUGCUGAACAGCUUGCUAAAUUUGGUCUUUGACGUCAAACCUGAAAUCCAUUCGAACUACCGCAUCAAUGGAUAGAUGAACAUUUUGUCUUUCAGGAAGUAUUAAGCAAUACCAGCUGUAGCUGCAACCCUUUUAUAAACGUCCAUAACUUAUUUCCAAGAGGUGUAGAUAAUCUCUUUCUUUUCUUUUUUUCCCCUUUUUCGUAAAAGCAUCUUGUCUCCCCCUUUUGUAGCAUUUCUGAAGUUUCUAUAUAGGCUGGCUCUGUGUCCCAAAAGUGCAUUAUAAUAUAGGAGUGUAGUGUAGAAGGUUAUUGUGCUGAGUGUUAAAGGAUCACUUUGGCCCCAAGAAGUAUUUGAAAGUCAGAAAAGAUAUGAAGUGCCACACUAUUUUCUGUAUCGCUCUUAAAUUGUAAACUCUAUGAAUUAAGUACUCUGAAAAAAAAUCUGUGUCUUGCCUUCACUCAGAGUAAAAAACAGGAAUGUUGUUUAUAGAGUUGUGAACUGAAUAGUAUGUGUCUGAAAAUGUUUAAGUUUUAUUUAAACAAUAACUGUACCCUGUGUAUUCUCCUGUUGAACUUGAACAAGCCGCUGUCUUUAAGGUGCUUGAAGAAAAGUAAAGAACUGAUCUGAGUUGCAAAGAAAUUAAAACAAUUUUUCCUCCUUUU